CAUGAUACUAUGUAUCACAUGAUAUUUCCCUCGACGCAAAAGUUAUGGACAAUUAUUUGCCCAUCAACGCUAUUUCCGCCGUCAUCCUCGUAUCUGGCAAAAUACUUUCCGAAGAAGAAAACUGGAGUGGGCCCAACAUUCCUCUUGUCCUGUACCGGCAAACUCCCCCUCCUGCAAACACACUUGAUGAUGCGUAUACCAAGGGCAGUCAUCAUGACUUCUCCGACACUUAUCCAGCCUGUCCCAAACCGCCUUUCGCAAUCCCGCCACCUGCAGGCCUGACGCUUCAUGUCUCCCUUGGGAAGCUCGUUUCUGAAGGUCGUACAGGAAUGAUUUUUGAGUGUGAAUGCGCCAUUCCUCACGGCAAUGUAAUGGGUUUUAAAAUUCCCCCUGUGGUGAUCAAGAUCGCAAGACAGUCUCGUACAAAAGACAUAUCGAGAGAGGCAACAGCUUAUGAAUGCAUGACAAGGAUACAAGGCUGUGUGGUUCCACGAUGUUAUGGCUUCUUUCAAGUUCGUAUGUUUGAACACUUCGAUUUCGGCCCAGUGUCUGUUCUCAUUUUGGAAAAACUUGGGGAUUUAUUCAAACUCGGAGAGCCCCUUCCUGACGGUGCAAAAUCUGACAUGAAAGAUGCUUGCUCGGAUCUAGCACACGUACGCAUUCUACAUGGUGAUUUGCGUUGGGCAAACAUGCUUUCUGUUUUGCCUGGUGGUCUACCAAGUCUGGCGUCACCGUUUACUGGGAAGACCUAUGGCUGGAGGCUUGUAGACUUUGAUCGCGCUGAAAGAACCACUCUAUCAUUGCCUCGUGCUCAAAGGUACUAUAACAGCUACUUGGACCGGGUGCUGGAUAGCAUUCCAUGGGGUAAUCCUGUUGAGCCGUGGGACUGAAUAUUAGGUGAUUCAUUCCUCUUCUGCCUGUCACCCUAUAAUGUGCUUGGAGUACACAAGAAUGAAUUGCUAUUCGAUGAGAUUAUCUUCCUCUCAGCCAACAUGCGGACGAAAUUCCUGUCUGGACGCAUUCCUGCUAACAACUCCAUCGAUUUUGCUGCUAUGGGCGACAUUUAAAUCAUACCCUAUGCUAUCCAGAUAAACCGUCAUAAUCGAGGCUUGUGCAAUGCGAAACCGAAUCUAAGUAGUGGACAUGUCAAAUUCGGUUGUACAUAAU